UUCCUCCUAUCCAAUCAGUGUCCUUACCAAGCAAAGCCCAAAUUCCAACCCAUUCUCCCCAUUCUUCCCUCACACUUUCCCCUUCAAACCAUGUCUUCAUCUCCUCCUUUGCCUUUGAAGAUUGGAAUCAUAGGCUUUGGCCCUUUCGCACAAUUCCUCACCAAAACCAUGCUUAAACAAGGCCAUUCCAUAGCAGCUACGUCCAGAACCGAUUAUUCUCACCUCUCUUCUGAGCUCGGUGUAACAUUUUUCAGGGACGUAGAGAAGUUCUGCGAAGUGGGCCAUGAUGUCAUACUCAUCUGCACGUCCAUCCUAUCGCUGUCUGAGGUUGGACGGUCAAUACCCUUCAACCAUUUUCAGAAACCUACUCUAUUUGUGGACGUGCUAUCCGUGAAGGAGUACCCAAAAGAUCUGCUCUUGCAUAUAUUGCCGGAGACAUGUGACUUGCUAUGUACACACCCCAUGUUUGGGCCAGAAAGUGGAAAAGAUGGGUGGAAAUAUCUGCCUCUUGUGUACGAGAAAGUUCGGAUAAGGGAUGAGAAUAUCUGCACCAAAUUCCUCGCGAUUUUCGAGAAUGAGGGUUGCAGAAUGGUGGAAAUGUCUUGCACGGAACAUGACAUGUUUGCUGCUCGGAGUCAGUUUCUAACUCACACCAUCGGCAGGAUUUUAUCAGAAAUGAAGAUUGAGUCCACACCAAUGGAUACAAAGGGCUUUCAAACGCUUCUUCAACUGAGAGAUAACACCGUGAAGGAUAGCUUUGAUCUGUAUUGUGGGCUGUACAAGCACAACAAAUUCGCUAAACAGGAGCUGGACAACCUGGAGCUUGCAUUUCAGCGUCUCAAGCAGAAGUUGUUGGAGAGAACGGACCAGAUAUAGAGCUUGAUGCUUGUGGAGGGCCCGCAAAGCUGAUGGGCCCACUGAUCAUGGCCUCCCUUUCCCUCUCCUCCCUCAUUUCUGUUGUUUCAGUGCCCAAAAAUUAUUAUAAAAAACAAUACAAAGAAGAUUAUUAGUGUUCAAAAAUAUCAAUUUCUAUUUGCUUGUUUGGAUCUAUUUACAUCUAUUUUGCAAUUUCUUCAGAUCUGUUUAGAACUAUUUAAAAUUUUAUAUUUGUACAAAUCUGCAUUUUAUAAUUAUUUAGAUCUGUUUAGUAAUUUAUAAUUAUUCAGAUCAAUUGAUUAGUUGAAUCAGAUCUGUCCUCUUAACUCA